AUGCCACCCCACCAUUCAGUGCCUCACCCGUCGUCCCAUGAGUUGAAGAAUGCCAUUCACCCCUACGACAAGCUCGUGAUUGGUCUUCCCACCGCCAUGGAGGGGUGGCGGCGCGCGUACGGGUCAGUCAGGGAGUGGUGCAAACUGCCAUCCAACCCGCUCCUUGUCUCCCCUGUAAAUGGUGGUGGCGAGGGAAGUCGAAGCGAUCGCAAUCAUCCAUUGACACCGUCGUCGCGCUCCACAUCGGGGCAUCCCGACUCCGCCGCCGCUCGCCCUUUUCCAUCGAGCGUGCCACACACGAAUGGGCCGUGUUUUCACAAAUUAAGCACCGUACCCGCAUCCAGAAAGGAUGCCGCUUUGUAUUGCGACGCCUGCCAGCGAGAGUUUGCCACCGAGGAGAAGUACGCGGCGCACAUGGACACGCACGUGUACUGCACGGUGGCCGGAUGUCGUUUUACCUGUCGUAAGUCCAAGCCUUGGCGGAUGGAGGAGCAUAUGGAGCUGCUGCACAACCGCCCCGACGCGCCGAAUCUCGUGGACACGAGCGCAUACCUUGAGCAGCGCAAGCGCCGCUUCCCCACGCAGGACGCGGUGAAGGUCAAGGUGGAGGAGCUCUACUACAAGGCGGCGCGAGGCGUCGUGCUGCCCGAUGAGCGUCGGCGGUGGAUGCAACAACACGGCAUUGUGAUUCGCAAGCGACCUCGCACCGAUGCAUCUAUGAUUAUACGUGGCGAGCUGCCGACUGAGUCACGCUCCCCAUCGACCGCGUCGUCUGCGUCUGCGUCGUCGUCCUGUUCGUCGCGGCACUCGUCGCGCUCGUCGUCUGAGCAUCGCCAGCGGUGCUUUCCCAGGAGAAGCCCGCGCGAACUUCCGCAGUCGCCAGCAAGCACCGCGACGGGCCGGCGAACCCGCUUCAUUCAGCCACCGUCCGCGCCGCCCCAUCAGGAGUCUGACCCCACAGCUGCACCGACUCAGGCCUCUACCGAGUCUCUACAAGUCUUAACGACGGGGGACCAGUGCGUUGAUGCUGUCAGUCCCGCGGCAACUGCCUUACCUUCGGCAAAGCCGUCGUCUUCCUCGUUGGCCGGCGCCCACGCUGCACCAGCACACCCCUCAAAGAUAAUCCCUCUUGGCCCCAACGGCACCCUCACCCCACGGCAACGCGUGCAGCUCGUGCGUGAACGCUACGCCGCUGCGAAGGAUGUCCCGAAGUUUUACGUCUGCCACCGCUGCGGCAUCAAGGGAGAGCACUGGGUGGGCGACUGCCCUACCAAAGGCGACAGCACGUAUGAUCGGCAUGUCCUGUGGGGCGAGGCGAAGUUCUCUGCAGUGGAGAAGGGCGCCAAGCCGCGCCGGGAGAAGGUAGAAAAGGACAACGAUGAGCCAGAGCAGCCGAGGCAACCUAGUACCCCGCAGGAAGAAGAGCCAGAGGCCACGGCGCCAAGCGACAGCGGUAUCGAGCAAACUGUAGCUGAGCAGGUGAGCGCCGAUGCCCCAAUACAACUCGCACCCGAUGAGCCGUGCAAGGUGUCGUCUGUUGCGCCUGAUGCGGAAGCGCACACUAGUUCCACGCCGCCGCCCGGGGACUGCGCAGCGGCAGCGGUCGAUAUCCCAAAUGUUCAAAGUGAUGAAGACGCGCCACCGGUGCCACACUCUGCAGCGCUGCCGGCUGGUACGCCGAAGGAGGUCACACGCAUGAUGGCCCCCGUCGCGGCAGCAAAGCACGCCCAGACGCACCGCCGCGAACCCGCCCGCCGCCCGCCUCCUCCGCCGACGCUGUACGAGCGACUCACAGAGGAGGCGCGGAUGGAUGAGCAGGGAAUAUUGCUACAGGCGUUGCGCUUCUUCGUCGCCCGAGACUUCUUUCAAUAUCGUCCGUAG